AUGACUUCUGUCAUCGAACAUCCAACGGCCACAACUACGACGACGACAACUAACCAAACGACAAAAAAGGCCGAGAUUGUUGAGAAGAAGGGCGAGGAGAACGAGAGUCCGCCGGCGAAACGAGUCAAAGUCGACGGAUCGUCCGAAGACGAGCAGCCGCUCAUCAAGAACGGCAACUCGGUGACGCCGAAGCAGCAGACGCUCUCCGGUGCAGCUGAUGUACGUGCUCGCGCUAAAAUUCUGCUGAAAUUGCGGAUUUUGAGGAUUAAUGUUUGCAAAUCUGAAAAGCUUCCAAAAUCAUAUUUGGGAAGUGAAAAUUGAUAUAAAUCCACUCCGAUUCUGAGUUAAACUUGAAAGAUUCGAAAAUCGCAUCAGAAUCCGUCGAAUUCUAUGAAGUUCUGAAUUCUGGUCGUUCGAUCCACAUUUUCUCAUGUUCCCAGAGUCCGAUAGCUCUCGUCGUCUUCUCACACUUGUUCCCAGCCGUCCGAAAAGCUAGAAACAUUAUUAUCCGCUCGCAAAAAUGACGUGUUUCGUCGGCGCAUUUUGUCUCUGCUUUCCACGUUGUCUCCACGUGGCAUUUCCGGACUACGAUAUGAAUGUUCCGAAUUACCGAAAGGUACGUUCUUGGUGUUCUAGGCACAGGUUUGUUUUCUCAUGGGCCUAUUCAGUCGGGGAAAAUCCAAUUCAAACCCCGUUGUUUACUCUAUCGAAUAUGUCCAUCACAUCUCAGAAAAAUUAGGCGUUUUGCUGGACUUUGGGCACCAAUUUCUUGCUAAUUUCCUCCCGUAAUUAGUUUUUCGUUUUCGCCGAAAAUUUUGCGGCGUUCCUAAGCGUAAAGUUGCCGUGGCAACCGUCGUGAUAAGCGCUCGGUGGUGAUGGAUAUGUGCGUAGUCGACUAGAAUGUGUGAAUGAAUACUAAUAUUAAUAAUAAUAGUCGUCAUUUUUUAUCGAAGUCAGUCUAAUCAUCACUAUGUAUACGGCGUACAUCAGACAAUUCGAGGUGGAUUGGCAUUUACCGCAAAAAGUGAGUGGUCAUGGUUGCGUUGAGCGGUAGAAAUUGUUGUUCCGCCGCGAACGGUUUGGGUAUUACGUAUUGAAUUUCCGUCGAACGCGGUGCGGUUCCGUCGCGGUAAGAACUCUUGCAUGCGUGUUUGUCAAUUCGGUCUCCGUUGUCUGCACUCUCGUCUCCCCUUUUUCCUUUUCUGUCGCUUUUGACCAGUUGUUUGUCGAGAAUCUUCUAGCGAGUGACCACUUUUUGCUAUCAGUUUACUAUUAGUACACUAUCAUUUUCUGGAGGCUUUCGGUUGGUCUACUCAUUUUUCGAUUCGAAACGCGAUUUUUUCGUUGUGCGAUCCGAUUUUAUUCGAUAUAGUCGAAGAUCAAGAGAUUCCGCAAAAGGACGGACGUCUGUCGUUUAGGAUUAAGUGGGUUAGGAUUAUGGUCAGCCGGACGGACGGGCGGUUCUGUUUGUGGUGGCUGGGCGCCGCUCCCUCUCUGCGUCUCUUUUCGAUUUCGUUUCAAAUCUUUCGACAGUUCUCUUUUUCUCUGCGCUACCUAGUGGUUUAGCGUUCGUAUUAGUAAGGAUGACAUAUUGGUGUUGUCCUGAAUUUUACUAGAAAUUUGAAUUUUUCAACUUUCCGCUUGCUUUUUUUUGUAGUUUUCGAACAUUUAGUCGGACUAUGAGAACGUGAUCGGAAUCUGCAAAAUCCGGCGUUUACAUGGUCUCCUAUACAUUUUUUGUAGUACAUUAUUGAUUCGUUCAAUUGUGUAUUGCGGAGAAUGACUGUAGGAGAUCAAAAGACGGUUUCCCGGGCCAGCCCGGCUUGGUAUAUGGGCUUUGACAGCAAGUUUGUUCGAAAGUGCACGCCUUUUUUUCCUCGACCCGGAUUUGCCAAGCCUGGUUUCCCGUGUACUCGCUCUAAUUUUCUUUCCAAAAAUGCUGCUGAAAAUUGGCCACGUUUGGCCACGUCCCUGCCCACGUUUUCUUCAUCCACGUCAUUUUUUUUCAGCACUCGGGAAGUGUUCACGUCGGUUCCACGAAGAGUAACGAAGGAAACAAGAGCGAGAAAAUGGACACGAGCAACAAUGCGGGAGCGGGAGCCAACCAGUCGGAUGAGGUGCUCGACAAGAAUCUCUACUCGAGACAGAUGUGAGUUUCUUUUCCAUUUUUGAGUUAUUUCAAUACAAUUUUUAGCUACACGCUCGGCGAAUCGGCAAUGGUCAAUCUGCGCACGGCGUCCGUCCUCAUCUCGGGUCUCGGAAGCGUCGGCGUCGAAAUCGCCAAAAAUCUGAUUCUGGGCGGUGUUCGCCACGUCACGAUCCACGACACGAAGCUCACGAAAUGGGCGGAUCUCUCGGCGCAGUACUAUCUGCGAGAGGCCGAUGUAGGGCACAAUCGAGCCAGCGCGUGCUUCGAGCGACUCGCCGAACUCAACGACAGCGUCAAUGUGGAGGUGGCGACGGACGAGCUCACCGAGCAGUUCGUCAAGCAGUUUGAUGUGAGUUUCUGAUCAUUGGAAUAGGGAUGAAAUUCGAUUUUCAGCUCGUCGUGCUCACCGACGUUCCACGCACCGCGCAACGCCGUGUCGCCGGCUGGACCCGCGCGCACGGACGUCGGAUCGUGAUUGCCGACGCGCGUGGAGUCUUCUCCUACAUUUUCAACGACUUUGGCGACGCGUUCCGCAUCGACGACACCACCGGCGAGCAGGUUCGCGAGUUCUUCAUCGAGCACAUCGAUCGAACGACCGGCGAGGUGACGACGUUGGAGAAUGUGUUCCACGGGCUCGAGGACGGCGACCAUGUCACUUUUUCGGAGGUGAAGGGACUCGAGGGCAUCAACGGUUGCGAGCCGCUCAAAAUUACGGUGAAGAACGCGUCUAAGUUCAACAUUGGCGACUUUGCCGCCAACUUUCCCGAUUUCGUUGAAGGAGGUCGAUGCAGACAGGUCAAAGUGCCCACCACGAUCAGUCAUUUGCCGCUGGAAAAGUCGAUCGAAGAACCCGAAUUCUGCAUUUGGGACUACGCAAAGUUCGAGUAUCCUGCCCAGCUGCACGCGCUCUGGACCGCUCUUUACGCGUUCGAGGAGAAGCACGGACGGUCGCCGGCUCCACGCUCCACAGAAGACGUGGCGCUGCUGAAGGAGCUGAUUCCGAAAGGCACCGAAGAGGUUCCCGACAAACUGAUCGAGCUGUUCUCGUUCUCCGCCGCCGGAAACCUCGUCACCGUCUCGUCGGUCGUCGGCGGAAUUGCGGCGCAGGAGGCGAUGAAGGGAGUCACGCACCAUCUGAACCCACUCAAACAAUGGCUCUACAUCGACCACGUAGAGGCGCUGCCCGGGGAUUGGACCGCGUUCGACAACUCGAAGCUCUCGGCGGCCGACUGUCAGCCACGUCAGUCGAGGUACGACGGUCAGGCCGCCGUUUUCGGCUGGCCCUACCAGGAGUGUCUCUUCCGCCAACGCUGGUUUGUUGUCGGCGCCGGCGCCAUUGGAUGCGAGCUACUCAAGAAUCUGGCGAUGAUGGGAGUCGCGUGCGGGCAGGGAGGACUCAUUAAAAUAACCGAUAUGGACCAGAUUGAAAUCUCUAAUCUCAAUAGACAAUUCUUGUUCAGAAGACGUGACGUUGGAGUGAGUUUUCUAUCAUUAUAGGCUCGAUUUAAAUAAUAAUAUUUGCAGGGAAAGAAGUCGGAGUGUGCGGCUAACGCAGUGACCGCCUUCAACUCGGAUGUCAACAUUCAGGCACUCGCCGAGCGCGUCGGACUCGAAACGGAGCACAUCUUCAACGAUGAGUUCUUCGGAGAGCUGAACGGAGUGGCGAACGCCCUCGACAACGUUGACGCCCGUCGUUACAUGGAUCGUCGCUGCGUCUACUACCGUCUGCCGCUGCUCGAGUCGGGAACGAUGGGCACGAAGGGAAACACGCAGGUCGUGUACCCCCAUCUCACCGAAUCCUACUCGUCGUCGGUCGACCCGCCAGAAAAGGAGAUCCCGGUGUGCACGCUGAAAAACUUCCCGAACGAGAUCCAGCACACGAUCCAGUGGGCCCGCGAGCAGUUUGAGACUUUUUUCGCGCAGCCGGGCGAGAUGGCCAACAAGUUCUUGUCCGAUGAGCGCGGAUUCAACGAUCACCUCAACAAACUGAUCUCGGGACAGCAGAUCGAGAUUCUGCAAAAGGUCAAGGAUGCGCUCAUCGAUUCGCGCCCGGCGUCGGCGGAAGACUGCAUCCGUUGGGCUCGCGAUCAGUAUCAGGAGCUCUACCACAACACGAUCGCCCAGAUGCUCCACUCGUUCCCGCCGGAUCAGCUCACCGACUCGGGCGCCAAGUUCUGGUCGGGAGCGAAGCGCUGUCCGCACGUGCUCAACUUCGACCCGUCAAAGGACGAGCACUUCAACUUUGUCUACGCCGCCUCGAUCCUCAAGGCGGAAAUGUACGGAUUGGAGCCGAUUCUGGACCGCGAGGAAGUCGUGCGCGUCGCCCUCUCGGUCACUCCGGAGCCAUUCAAGCCACGUGCCGGCGUCAAGAUCGCCGUGAGCGAGGCGGAAGCAAAGGAGCAAGCCGAGCAGGGAGCCGUCAGCGCACUGGGAACCGACGACGAUCACCUCAUCGAGAUGCUCAAACUAAAGCUGGCGACUCUGAGCGUGACGACAUCUCGCCGCCUCAACUGCGUCGACUUCGAAAAGGACGACGACUCGAACCAUCACAUGGAGUUCAUCACGGCCGCCUCGAACCUCCGCGCCGAGAACUACGACAUUCAGCCGGCGGACCGCAUGAAGACGAAGCAGAUUGCCGGAAAGAUCAUUCCGGCCAUCGCGACGACGACCGCGGCCAUCGCCGGACUCGUCUGCGUCGAGCUGUACAAGGUGAUCGACGUGAGCGGAGUGCCGAAGACGCCGAUCGAGCGGUUCAAGAACACGUUCCUCAACCUGUCGAUGCCGUUCUUUUCGUCGGCCGAACCGAUUGCGGCACCGAAGAAGAAGUACCUGGAGAAGGACUUCACGCUCUGGGAUCGCAUCGACAUCAAGGGACCGCUCACCCUGCAGGAGUUCGUCGACGAGUUGCAGAAGCAGACGGGCUGCGAGUGUUCGAUGCUCUCCGCCGGAUCGUGCCUCCUUUUCUCGUUCUUCAUGAAUGCGGCGAAGAAGACGCAGAGAAUGAAGACUGAGUGAGUCAUUUUCAGUCGGAUUUCUCCCCAUAAAUUGGUAUCUUUGCAGAGUGAAGGCCAUCUACGAGGAACUGAUGAAAAAGGAGCUGCACGAGUCGGUCAGGGCGAUCGUCCUCGAGCCAAUGAUGACGGAUCCGAGCGACGAGGAUGUGGAGGUCCCCUACAUUCGUUACUCGUUCUAA